AUGCUCAAGUUCGCAGUAACUUUGUGUAUUUUGGUUGGAAUAUUAUUAAUUUCCAAUACAAAUGGUUUCUUUCUUUCAGCAAAAGAAAAAUGUGAAGUAUCAAUUUUCAAAGGUGGUAAAGAUUUUGGUGGUGAAAAAAUUAUGGCACAUAAAUUAUUUGUACCAUCUUUAAAAUCAAUUGGUUCUGUUGCUAAAGCUUGUAAAGUACAAGUUCAUGUUACUGAUUCAUUUAAACGAUUAAAAACUCCAAAUGAUUUUACAUUAACAUCAGAAAUGCCAUUGAUUGUUGGACAUGGAAUUCGUUUUGAUUUAAAAGAUCAAAAAGGUGGAACUUUAUGUAAUCCUUUAUGUAUGAAAUCACGUUCAUGGAGAACACUUAAUGAUGCUAAUUGUUUUAUUAAUGGUGUUCAAAAGAAAGGAAUUAAAUUUACAGAACCAAAUCUUUUAGAUGAUGGUCAAGUAGCUAAAUUAAGUUCAGUAGAUGCUGAAAAACUUAAAGUACAAGUACAAAAAGUAUGUGCACCAAAAACCAAAGCACCUAAAGGUUAA